AUGCAAACUAUCAGACGGUCCACUGAGCAGGUUGUACCAACCGGAGAAAUUCAAAAAGAUGAAAGCGAAGAAGAGGUGUUUUUUCAAGACGUUGACAUUCUUCAAACACAUGGAAUUAAUGUGGCUGACAUCAAGAAGCUGCAAGGGGUCGGGAUUUGUACAGUAAAAGGAAUAAUGAUGACAACAAAAAGGCGACUGUGUGACGUUAAGGGUUUGUCGGAAGUAAAAGUUGAUAAAAUUAAGGAGAUUGCAGCAAAAAUUUUGAAUUACGGGUUCAUUACCGCAUCGGCUGUUGCGGAGAGAAGGAAACUGUGUUUCCGCAUUUCAACAGGAAGUAAGGAACUGGAUAAGUUGAUAGGUGGUGGAGUGGAAAGUCAGUCAAUAACGGAAGUUUUUGGGGAAUAUCGUACUGGUAAAACCCAGUUGUCUCAUACACUUUGUGUCACAUGUCAAUUCCCAAACGAAACUGGGACGUUUAAAGGAGGAAAAAUCAUUUAUAUAGACACGGAAAACACGUUUAGACCAGACCGCCUAAGGCAGAUAUGCGACCGGUUUAAUGUUGAUCAAGAAUCUGCUCUGGAUAAUGUUUUGUACGCGCGGGCCUACACGUCUGAACAUCAAAUGGAAUUACUUGACUACGUUGCCGCUAAAUUCCAUGAGGAACUUGGAAUUUUCAAACUCCUGAUUGUUGACUCUGUGAUGGCUUUGUUUCGAGUUGAUUACAGCGGACGCGGUGAACUUGCAGAGAGGCAACAAAAGCUUGGACAAAUGCUCUCCCGCUUACAGCGUCUUUCGCGUCACCUGAAGUUGUUCCAGAAAAUUGCAGAGGAGUACAAUGUGGCAGUCUUUAUUACUAACCAAAUGACAGCUGAUCCCGGGGCUGGUAUGACUUUUCAAGCAGACCCUAAAAAGCCAAUUGGUGGACAUAUACUUGCCCAUGCCUCUACAACACGAAUAAUGCUAAAAAAGGGCCGGGGUGAGACAAGGAUAGCGAAAAUUUAUGACUCGCCAGAUAUGCCUGAAAACGAAGCCAUGUUUGCGAUAUCUGUAGGAGGCGUGAUUGAUGCCAAAGACUGA